GAGUAGUCGUUUGCUGACGAACUCGUGCGGUCAGCUUUCUUGCUGUUCUUAUCGUAGAUGCACGGCGGUUUAAGAAAGCGACUAGCAUCCGAAAGAAAGGCGAAAACACGCAUUGCAGCAACGACCCCCAAGUGGGAAUAGAUAUUUUUUUUUUCAUUGAUCAACGAAAUUUGAAAAUGGCGUCGAACGCGGACUCCAAUAAUUACAUACGUCUCAGCACGGCCUUCGAGCUCAACAUCGGCGCGCCGAUCUUGUCAGACCGCGUCGCGGCAGGCCGAUUCUUGCGCAGUGCCACUGCACGUGAGGCGACGCUGGCCACGCAGGCCGCCACGCGCGGACCGCCCCCCGCCGUCUCCUUAGCCUUUGGCAGCAGUGGGCAGCGGGUGGUGAUCCACAACAACAACAGCCGAGUGAUCGAGGCAAAGCGAUCCGCUAAGCGUGGGGAGGCGCAGGCGAGCACAGGAGCCACUGUCGGCACCCCCGAGGACACCUCGUUUCAAACGCUCAACUUUGGCAAGGCGCCGACCGCCCUCGCUGCGGGUCAGCUUUACAGUCCCGGCAGCACCGACGUCGAGGCCAGCUAUGACGCGUUGCUCUUCGGUGCCACAACCAGCCUGCUGGCCUACGAUGUCGAUCAGAACAAACAACUGUUUUACAAGGAUGUGGAAGAUGGUGUGCAGGCGGUGGUGUGUGGGCCGGUUAUGAAGCCCACGGAAAGCGGCGCUGAGGCCCCGCCGCUCGCUGUGGUGGGCGGCAAUUGCAGCAUUUUCGGCUUCGAUCGCACUGGUGCGGAGCGCUACUGGACCGUAACGGGGGAUCAAGUGACGACGAUGGCGCUGAUGCCCUGGUCGGCGCCGGCCACCACCACCUCUUCUCUCGCGCUUCUGGUCGCGUCGGAGGACUUCGAGAUACGCGCCUACGAGGGCGAGGAGGCCAUCGAGACGAUCCACGAGGUGGAUCGAGUGCUGAAGCUGGUCCCGCUGUGGCGCCCCGCUCGCUCGGCGCAGGCGGCGACUACGACCAAUGAAAGUGUGGGCCGCUUCGCGUACCUGCUCGAGAACGGCACCGUCGGCGUGUACGAGCGCGGGGAGCGUCUGUGGCGUGUGAAGGGAAAGUCGGCGCCCGUCUCGGCCGCGUUCUGCGACGUGGACGGCGACGGCGUGGAGGAGUUGGUGGUGGGGUGGAAGAGCGGACGGGUGGAGGUGCGCACCGACCGUGGUGGCGGCGGUCUCGCAAAGGGCGGGGCCGUUUUAUUUCGCGACACCUACCCCACGGCGGUGGCGGCCGUGCUGGCGGAGGACUACCGUAACGACGGCGCGACGCUGCCGCUCAUUUGCACCGUGGACGGCACCGUGCGCGGGUUGACGCUGCUGGAAACGCGUCGCGACGAGGCCGCCGAGAUGCGGCAGCUGCAGGUACUGGAGUCCCUUGCCCAGGAGAAGGAGCAGCUCGUCGCACAGCUGACGAACCUGGAGGAGCAGCUGGCCCGUCGCGCUGCGGGGGAGCAGGACACGACAAUGUCCGAGUCGGGUGUGGAGGUGCACUGCCGCUGCGCCGCCAAUUUCAACUCGAAGCAGGUGGACGUGUAUGUGGAGGUGUGCGGGUCUGCCGCGGAGCGGGGCGACCUUGUCGUGCACAGCUGUUUGCUGAAGUGCGACGCGUGGAGUGCGACCGACCAGGACGUGGUGACCUUCAGUGCUGCAGAGCCCGGCACGAUGCUCACCUGCAGCUUCGACCACACGGACGACCUCCCGCUGCUGAUCACCGCCUUUGUGGCGGUAGGACCGCCAUUUGCGGAGAACUACCGAAUACACGAGGUCGAGGUGCGAGUGCCGCGCUUCGUCAUGUACGCGCUGCCGCGCACCCUACAGCAGUUCUCCCCCAAUGCAGGACCACUUGCGUACGUCCCUCCUGCCGGUUACGUGUCACUGCGCUGGCGCGAGUCGUUGAAGUUGGAGGUUGUCGAGCAGUGGCUGCGUCAGUCGUUUAGUGUGCCAGAGGACCUCAGUCUCUCCGAUGCGAACUCGCCGGGCGCUCCGAUCUUGCAUCUUGAGCUGCUGCACGUGCGCGAUGGCAGCAGCCUGGGCAUUGAGGUGCGCAACGGUAUGGCUGACGCUGGCGACACUUUUAACCUGUUCACCCUGCGCUCCGACUACCUUGCGCCGUGCGGGGCGGUGAUCAACGCCAUGGCGGAGGAGUUGAAAGGGGCGUGGACGGACGGGCCCGCUGACCCGGUCGAGGUGCGGUGCGAGAUCGCCGCCGAGCUGGAGCGCCUGCGCGGCAUCCUGGCCCGUGUCGAUGAAUUCAACGAGGUGCGCAUGAAGCUGUCGACCGACAUGGCCGAUGCGGCGACGAUUGUCAAGACGCUGCUGGGCCGUGCGGAGGAUGCGCGGCUGCUGGGAGACAUGGGCUCGAUGAAGAAGUCGUACGCGGCGCUGUACGACGUGGACCAGGAGCUGCUGGGCGAGAACGCGAAGCGGAUCAGCAAUUACGAGGAGCUGAAAUUGGCGCUGAAGGAUGUUAACACGGCGAUCCAGCACGCAGGUAAGCUGCGCAUCGGUCCCGCGCGAACGCAGCUCAUCGCAAACUGCCGCCAUGCGUUGAAGGAAAAUAAAGUGAAUAGCCUGCUAGAGAUCAUCCGUACCGGAUCUGAGUAG